AUGCCCACACCUGAUACAGGCCUGCAGGAACAGCCUGUGUUGACCGAGGCCUUGUCCUGGGGUGGAAGCAUCCAGGGUGGAACAGGGGCGGGGGCCCGCCUGCGUCACCGGCCGCCCGGCCCUCCGCCCCCUGCCCGCCCAAACUCCACCCCGAGGGAAGGCGGUGCGGAUAAAGGCUUGGGGGCCGCCCGCUCGGCCCCAGACCUGCCCCGCCACUGCGCGCUGUCCCCGGACCUGGGUACACUCAGGACUGUUGAGACCUCGAACUGGCCGCGUCCGGCAGGGUUCGAGGUGUCUCCAGCCCUGGUAAGCCCCUCGGGUCGUGGGAUGGGAGGGGCUCGGCGCAAGCAGCACCGCCCCGUCAAGACCUCAGCCCCCGCCCCGCCUCCCGGGCACUCUUCCUACCCCGCGAGUGACCUUGAGCAAGUUGCUGUUCAGCCUCAGUUUCUUCAGUUGUGCGGCCCCAGCCUCCCGCCUUGGAGGCUUCAGACCCCUAGCAGAGGUUCCCACCUCGCCAGCGGUCCCGUAGGCCUCUCCCCGGCCCCGGGGCAGCAGCUUCGUUCGCCCCCUCCCCAGGACUUCAGGCAGCGCUCCCGGGCAGGGCCGGCAGGGGGCGCGCCGGCGCUGCUGACUCACCGCAGCCCCAAGCGGCGCGCGCGGGCGCAGCCGGGGACGCCGCGUCACGUCACGGCUCGGGCGGGCGAGACUCGGGAAGCGGGCCCGGCCCGCGGGACAGGGAUGGGACGCAAGGUGGCCCCGCCCGCAGCCCCACUCCUCGCCGGACCUCACGCCCCACGGGUCGGGGACGCCCGCCGGCCGAACCUCCUGAGAGCCGCCCGGCCACGAAGCGCGAGGAUCGCCUCCCGCUUCCGCUCGCGGCGGCUUCCCGGACAGACGCUGGGGGAGGUCCCCCGGCUUCCUGCCCCUCCUGGCGCUGGGACAGUGCCCGCCCCCACGCCGCGUCCCCCGGGACCGGGACCCCGCGCCGCCCCCUCCCCACCCAGAUCCCUCUCGGGCCGCCUGCCCUUUGUUGCGGGCCGUAUGAAUGGCCCCCGGCGCGGGCGGGUGGAGCGCGGGGGCGGGCCAGAGCGGCGCCAGCCCCGCCCCCGCCGAGCUCCCCUUGGCCGCCGGGCCGGGGGCGGGGCGAGGGGCGGGCCCGCGCGGCCACGUGGGGCAACGCCGCGGCGCUUCCCAUUGGCCCGCCCGCGCGGCCGACUGAGCGUUCGGCGCGCGGCGAUUGGCCGACGCUGGGCCGGCGGAAUCUUUCAAGCGGCGGCGGCGGCGGCGGCGGCGGCGGCGGCGGCGGCGGGGACGGCUGUUGCUAAGGGAGGGGACGCGCGGGGAAGCGCGGCCCGAGCGGCGGACGGUACCGAGCGCGACCGCCUAAGCGGCGCCCCCUCCUCCGGACCCUCCCCCACGCCCAGCGUCCUUGAAAGGAGCCGCGAGUGCAGUCCCCACCCCCGGAAGGCGCCCCGACGAGCCAACGCGACCCCGGAGCGCCGCUCGGAUUUUUGA